CGAACAAGCAAGAGAAAGUGAUGCAACAAAUCGAAAGUUCACGCACAUGACCACCCACCUGCCCCUUCUCGUUCUCCCGAAUUCGGUCGAUCCCUUCAUUUCUUGUUCGCCGUCAUCGUCCCCCAAAUCACCAGACUGCGGAGAUCGCUAGGGUUUCUUCCUCUCGGCGCUGUUGCUUCGUGGAUUUACCCAUCUUAAGCCGCCGCUUCCUAGGAUUUGGCCUCUCUCUCUCCGACUUUUCCGCUUCGCUCCGAAAUCUUGAAACCUCUCGUUGGAAUUCCGCGUGUUAUUUCAAUGGAUUAUGGCGGUGGAGCUGCGUACCCUGGUAGCAAUGCCAUCGCAAUCAUCCCGGACGCCUCCGGCCCUCCCGAUUCCUGGCCCCCGGGAGGAAACGACCAGCCAAUGUGGGCGACCGACGACGAUUACCGUUCUUGGAGCGGAGACCCAUCCGCCGACGCCGCCUCCAACUCCGCUUACGACGGCCGCCUGUCCCGGUCUCGGGCUGGUAGUGAGCAGCCCCCGGGCAAGAAAGGUCGGAACUCCCAAGCGGAUGCCCAGGGUGGUAGCAGGACUACCACUUCCAAGGCCAUCGGGAAGAUGUUCUUUAAGACGAAGCUUUGCUGCAAGUUCCGCGCCGGGACUUGCCCUUACAUCACGAACUGCAAUUUUGCUCAUGGGAUCGAGGAGCUCCGCAGGCCGCCGCCAAACUGGCAAGAAAUUGUGGCGGCUCAAGAGGAAGGCUCCUCCGAGCCCAGAGAAGAACGUCGGAUACCGACGAUGAACUCAUCGGUCGUGGCUGGGGAGUCCGAGAGAUCUUAUAAAGGACGGCGGUGUAAGAAGUUCUACACCGAAGAGGGCUGCCCGUAUGGGGAUAGUUGCACCUUCAUCCAUGAUGAGCAAUCCAAGGCUCGGGAGAGCGUGACGAUCAGUCUGUCGCCCAUGGUUGGAGGCAGCGGACUAGGGGGAGGUGCGAAUGCGCCGAUUCAGAAACCUUCAAAUUGGAAGACGAGGACUUGUCACAAGUGGGAGAUGACUGGGUAUUGCCCCUUUGGCAACAAGUGCCACUUUGCUCAUGGUGCAGCAGAACUACACAGGUAUGGUGGGGGUCCUGUGGAAACAGAAGGUAGAGAUGCCUCCUUGGUUGUUUCAGACUCUAAGCAUGGUGGGGUACACACAAAGUUCCCCCCAUCGGAUGCUUCUGUUGCUUCAAACAGUUCAGUUCCUCAUGCUGAUAUGUAUCAUAUUGGCGUCCCUUCUCAGAGGUCCGCCGGUGUCGUACAGAGGCAGGGGCAGAGGUCAGUUGGAAAAUGGAAGGGGCCUGACAAAAUUAGUAAGAUAUAUGGUGACUGGAUUGAUGACAUAGAGUAGAACCUUGUGCGAUGCACCUGCAGACAUAAUAGUCACUUGUUUUCAUUUUAGCUAUUGGUUCACGAUGAAAGGUAAUGUUUGUGUUUUGUGGAGUACCAAAGGCAAGAGAGGUUACUGAUGCGAAGUAGGGUAUCUUUUGGCAUGAUUAUCUAAAACAUGGGAAAUCUGAAGAUCAUAGUAGAAGAAGCAAGUGAAAUCACUUGAUGCUUCUUGUGCUAGAUUUUAUGGACACAAUUGCUUCGACAUAGCUUAUUGUUUUGCACCAUUUACUGUUGCAAAAAAUUCUGCUAACAUGGCAUGACAUUUUUUUUAGUACAGAAAGAAGGAUCAUUUGAUUUCAUGACGGGGGCAAGGUGCUUAUACUCUUUCAUUGGUUCUCUGUUUGCUGUGGUUGAUCCAGAAUAACUCAGUAAAGGAUUUGAUCUUGCCAGACAUCAAAGGUAUAUGGUCGGCUGCAGGAAUGCUUCUACACUGACAUAUAUUGCCUCUUUUGUUUUUGCUGCAACUGAACUGUUUCAGUAAUGUUUGUGUCAGUUUGUUUGUGAACUAAAUUGAACUGUAUUCCAGGGAUUUUUUAUUUUGUUCCAUUAGGAUUUUGUUAAUCUCA